UCUACAGUGACAGCAGGAGAGGGCUGGAGCAGAAGAGUUUGUUUUCUAGAAGAGCCAGCUGCUUUCAGAGCCAUGCUAACCAAGGUGGUCUCUCUGGCGACCGCCUUCUGGGCAGGGCUCCAUGCCGGGACUUUGCUGGUGGGUGCUGUCGUCUUUCUGUUGUUUGCUGACUUCAAAAGGCGGCGCCCAAAGAACUACCCGCCAGGGCCCUGGCCUCUACCUGUGUUUGGCAACUUCUUUCAAGUGAACUUUGAGAAUUCACACUUGGAUGUUCAAAAGUUGGUGAAGAAAUAUGGGAAUGUUCUUAGCUUGGAUUUUGGUAACCUGUCUUCAGUGCUCAUAACUGGACUGCCCUUAAUCAAAGAAGUUCUUUCCCAGACAGACCAGUCCUUCCUACACCGCCCUGUAACGCCUCUCCGAGAACGUAUCUUUAGGAAAAAUGGAUUGAUCAUGUCUAAUGGCCAAAUAUGGAAGGAACAAAGAAGAUUCACUCUGACAACAUUAAGGAACUUUGGUUUAGGAAGGAAGAGCCUGGAGGAACGUAUCCAGGAGGAGGCCUACCACCUUGUUGAGGCAAUCAAAGAGGAGAAUGGACAGCCUUUCAACCCUCACUUCAAGAUCAACAAUGCAGUUUCAAACAUCAUUUGCUCUAUCACCUUUGGAGAGCGCUUUGAGUACCAGGAUGCUCAGUUCCAGGAGCUGCUGAAGUUACUGGAUGAGGUCACGUUUCUGGAGGCUUCGAGAUUCUGUCAACUCUACAAUGUCUUUCCAUGGAUAAUGAAAUUCCUCCCUGGACCUCAUCAAACUGUCUUCAGGAACUGGGAAAAGCUGAAAUUGUUUGUUUCUCAUGAAGUUGAAAAACACAGGAAAGACUGGAAUCCUGAUGAGUCAAGAGACUUUAUUGAUGCUUACCUCAAGGAAAUUGUGAAGGUUCUAGAAAAGUUUGGGCAGGUGGAGGGUGGAAACAGUCAUGGCAUGGUUUCUCAAACUGUGGAAGAAAGUAUAAAUGUUUCAAAAAUAAUAGAAUCUCCCUCUUCUCUUCCAGAAAAAGUGCAUGCUGAGAUUGACAGAGUGCUUGGCCAGUGGCAGCAGCCAAGCAUGGCCGCCAGAGAGUUCAUGCCCUACACCAAUGCUGUCAUCCAUGAGGUGCAGAGAAUGGGCAACAUCAUCCCCCUGAAUGUCCCCAGGGAAGUGGUGGUUGAUACCACUUUUGCUGGAUACUACCUGCCUAAGGGGACCAUGAUCCUGACCAAUUUGACUGCUUUGCACAAGGACCCCAACGAGUGGGCCACCCCUGACACAUUCAACCCUGAGCAUUUUCUGGAGAAUGGACAGUUUAAGAAAAAGGAAUGCUUCCUGCCUUUCUCAAUGGGGUGUUGGACCUGGCCAAGGCAGUGCAGAGUCAGCCACGGAGAGAAGAGGUUCCAGUCCUGGGCUCCAUGUUGAAAGCAAAGGUCUUCAUCAAUACCCACUCUAAGGGUGAUGGGCAGU